AUGUUUCGUCAGGUAGUUGUGGUAAUAGCGGUCCUGUUGGGCCUGGGCGGGAUGCUGGAGGUUUUAGAGCGCAGCCGGCGUGUGAACAUAACUGCCAGGUCUGGUUAUUCCUACAUUUCCUCGAGAAUAGUCGACGACGACGCAGAGGAGUACUAUAGACUCGGGCUGACACCCCACCACUCAAUCGCAGUCACUACGUUAGCUGGCGACGCCGUGGUGGACAAGACCGUCUUGCACGGCCGGUUUCUCCAUGUCACUGACUUCCAUCCAGACGAAAUGUCGAAAAUUGGUGCGUCGUUUGAGAACAGAUGCCACCGCAAAGACAAGCAGGCUCUGCCCGACGAGGUGAUGCACCGGUACGGCGACGCGAUGAGCGGCUGCGACUCACCGUUGGAGCUCUACGAGGCGACUCUGCAAUGGAUUCGGGACAAUUUGAAGGAUAAAAUCGAUUUUGUCGUCUGGACUGGGGACAACGUUCGGCACGACAAUGACCGUAAAAACCCACGUUACGAGGGCGAGAUAUUCUCCAUGAACGAGAAAGUGGCCGAGAAAAUGAGCAGCGUGUUCAUGGACGACGGCGAGGAGGACACCAUGCCGCUGGACCGCCGCGUCAAGAUCGUGCCGAGUUUGGGCAAUAACGACGUUUAUCCGCAUAACCUGUUUGCUCCGGGCCCCACGUUGCAGACGAGAGAGCUGUACAAAAUCUGGCGCAACUUUGUCCCCACGGAACAGCUGCAUACUUUCGACAGAGGAGCCUAUUUCUUCAGAGAGGUCAUCCCUAACAAGCUGGCCGUGGUGUCGAUAAACACGCUGUACCUGUUUAAAUCGAACCCGCUGUGCGACAACUGCUACAAUCGCAAGGAGCCCGGAUAUAAGCUGUUUCAAUGGCUUGGUUUCGUGCUCAAGGAGCUGCGCAAACGCAACAUGAAGGUUUGGCUGACCGGCCACGUUCCGCCGGUGCCCAAAAACCUGCAUUAUAGCUGCCACGCAAAAAUGAGCGUCUGGCAGCACGAAUACCGAGACAUCAUCAUUGGAUCGCUGUACGGCCACAUGAACAUUGAUCAUUUUGUGCCGCUGGACUCCGUCAAGUCCUGGAGAACGAUUGAGAAAAGACUGGGCAAGCUGGACUACGAAACCUACGGCGAUGACGACGAAAAGGACGAUUUAGAAACCUACGAGGCGUUUGGGCUGCUCGACGACGAUUUUGAGAUCGAACGCGGCUCGCGACGCUACGACAACGCCCCAUCGGGAAAAGUGUCGUAUCUGGAAGACGUCAGAGAUGGACUGUACGCCAAGCUCAAGGGCCCGAAAAAGGCCGGCAAGGACGGCGAGCGGUACUCAUUUGCGCACGUGACCGCGUCGGUGGUGCCCACAUUCAACCCUGGGUUCCGUGUUUGGGAGUACAACGUGUCGGAGCUAUACAGCAGCGAGGAACAAAUAUAUGAGCCCUGGGAGCAAUUUUUCGCUCGGCUCGAGGUGGAACUCGCCGCAGCGGACAGUCAGGAUACUCUGGACAUCGAAGCGUCGAAAGACAAGACAAUCCCGCCAAUCAUGCCGGCAGAUCUGCCUCUGGGCCCCGCAUACACACCCCAGCUUUUUUCUCCAGAAAGAUACACCCAAUACUACGUUGAUCUGGACUACGCGGCCAAACAUCCCGACUGGAAAUUUGAAUACCAGGUGGAGUACUCGACAGACGACGACGAGUACCAAAUGGACAGCUUGCUGGUCUCUGACUGGCUGAAGAUGGCGCGGAAACUGGCCAAAUCCGCCACCGUUGCUGCCGACGACGUGGAAACCGCUGGCGCAAAAAAACUGUGGAAAACGUACUUAAAUCGCGCCUUCAUAGACACCGGCUACCAGGACCUGCCUGUAGCCAACAAGUGA